GUUGAGGUCGAAGAGCUUCCGCACCUCGACGCGCAGGCUCAGGUCGAUCACGUAGCUGUAGCUCGCCGCGUCCGCGGCGAUCUUGACCAGGCCGCCCGUCGGCGGCACCGUGCCGCUCAGCAGCGUCUCCAGCGUCACGCGGCUCGGCACCUCCGUGUAGAUCUCCGCGUCGAGGCCGCGCGACCCGGCGUAGGCGUCCGACGGCGCCACGGCGAGCUGCGCGUUCGGCAGCACCUUGCCGCGAGACAUGCGCACGGACAUGGCGCUGCCCGGAACCGAGCUCACGGCGCGCGCAGGACGCGAUGCUCACUGCGCGGAGCUCACGGCGCGCGCAGGACGCCAGCAAAACGCGGAGCUCAGAGCUGCGCGGAGCUCACGGUGCGCGCAGGACGCCAGCAACGAAAAACGCAUGCAUAGCAGCCCGCUGCCGUGUGCAGCGUUGCUGCAUCGUGGCGGCACCUCGGACCUGGCGAGCUUGCGGCAGCAUGGGCAAGCCCCAAUCGUCCUCCGAGGGCGCGCCGGAGUACGUCUUCGACGAGUCGUCGGCGCUGUCGCGGCGCGUCAAGCCCUACGUCUUCACCUACACCAUGAAUUGCAAGGGCCGCUGGAUCGGCCGCAGGCCCGCCGAGAUCUUCGCCGCCGAGUUCAAGAUGAACCCGGCGUCCUACUACGCCGAGGCCCUCGCCGACGGCCGCAUCCUCGUCAAUGGCGAGCUCUGCGGCGACGAUCUGGUGCUCAAAAACGGCGACGUCCUGGUGCACCGCGCGCACCGCCACGAGCCGCCGGUGCGCGGCGGGCCCAUCGCCGUCGUCGGCCUCGACGCGCGCGUGCUCGCCGUCGACAAGCCCGGCACGGUGCCCAUGCACCCCUGCGGGUCCUACCACUACAACGCGCUGUCGUCGCUCCUCGCCGAGGACUUCACGCCGCGGUCCUUCGUGCACCGCCUCGACCGCCUCACGUCGGGCCUCGUGCUCCUGGCGCGGUCCGCCGAGGCCGCGACGGAGCUCUGCGACUGCAUCGGCGCGGGUAGAGCGCGGAAGACGUACGUCGCGCGCGUCGCCGGCCGCUUCCCGGAGCGCGCGCCCGCGGCGACGCGCGGCCCGGACGCGGCGCGGCCCGACGAGGACGCGUCGCGGACGCGCUUCCGGCUCCUCCACCGCCACGCCGACGGCACGUCGACGGUCGAGUGCCACCCGCGGACGGGCCGCACGCACCAGAUCCGGCUCCACCUCCAGUGGCUCGGCCACCCCAUCGCCAACGACCCCAACUACGGCGGCACGCUCGGCUACGGCGACUCGUCCUACGCGGGCGCGCCGCCGGCGAACGCGCCCCCGGCGUGCCCGGUCGCGGACCGCGGCGGGCCCCGAAGGCCCGGCGAGAACCUCGAGGCCUUCGUCGCGCGCAAGUGCCACCGCUGCGCCGCGGGCCUCGACGCGGCGCACGGCGCCGAGGAGCGCGCGACCUGCAUCUUCCUCCACGCGCUCAGAUACGCGGGGCCGGGCUGGGCCUACGAGACGAACCUCCCGGCCUGGGCGACGGACGGCGCGCUCCCGCCGGAGCCGGAGCCGGAGAAGCGCGGCUGCUGCGUGUCGUAAGCGUGAAGCGGCCGG